AGUCUACUCCAAUGAUUAGUCCUGAAAAGAAUGCAGAACAUUCUUUUAAGGAUGUUGAAAAGUGAAACGACCAGCUUGGGAAAAAUAAUAGAUCAAAUAGUAUCCUCCUCUCUUUUGACGGGAUUCAAGAUGAGGCAAUUGAGAAGGUUUCCAAAGAUGGAGUUGAUACUGAAUCUACAGAUGAUAAAAUCAAAGGAAUUACUUACAUGAUGAUCGCUGGAGUAAGUUUCUCACUAGGAGCCAUUGCUUGAAAAUUUGCAUAUAAUAGGAAUGAAUAUUUGACAGGUAUCGACUAUAUUCUUUGAAGAUCAUUAACCCUGAUUAUCUGAUCUCUGAUCCAGGUAAUGUCAACAAGGGUCAAUGUCCUUGAUGUCAAGAAAGGAUAUAGAGCAUUAUUAGCCAUUAGAUGUAUUAUAGGAGCGAUUGGAAUGCCAUGUUUCUUCAUUGCUAUGAAAUACAUUCCUUUAAGCCUAUCAACUCUGAUCUUCAAUAUACAUCCACUGUUCGUCGGGAUACUUGCUUAUUUUAUUCUGAAUGAGAAUCUCACAAAACUUAAAAUAUUGGCUGUUUGUGGGGCUUUAGUAGGCGUAUAUUUACUGACACUUCAUAAGAGCGGCCACGACCAGCAGAGCAAGCAUUAUACAUUAGGCAUAUGACUUGUGUCAAUCACUUGAGUGUGAGCUUCAAUUGUGAGUAUAAUGUUGAGAGUAUUGAACAAAGAGAUCCAUUUCGCGAUGAGUCCUUUCUGGUUCAGUGCAACGACGCUAGUCAUGUCUCUUUCAUUGCUCUGAGUGUAUCCAGCUGCUUAUAACUUUGCACAUUAUACAUAUUCAGAGAUAAGCCUCUUUCUUAUAUCAGGAUUCUUUAACUAUGGAGGACAGAUGUUCAAGUCACUAGCGUUUAAAUACUCUGAUGCAUCUCUUGUGUCACCUUUACAAUACUUCAAUGUCCUCUAUUUGUUCUUAAGCGAUAUCAUAAUCUUCAAAUCAACCUUCACAGCGUUUGAUGGGCUUGGAGGAAUGAUCAUCUUGGUGAGCUUAUUGAUGCCUAUCUUCUACACCAUUCAUCUAAAGUAUUCUAAAUCAAAAGAACUUGCAGGCUAAUUUCGGUUAAGAUUUCACAACAACGACUUAUU